AUGAAGGUCGAUCUCGAGCGGGUGAUCGCAGCAAUGCUUGCCGCGCAGCCGAACAUGAGGCUCAAUUAUGGUGAAAUUGCCAAGAUGUACGGUGGCAAUGCGAACUACAACUCUAUGGAGCACAGAUUUCGGGCCUGGCGGAAAAUGGCGGAAAACCUGCGCGUCACGGCUGGGGCAGGAACACCCCAACAGAACCCGCAGACUCAUGCUCGGCCUCCACGCACACCCCGAACUCCCCGAACUCCGAAAAUACGCAAAUCCGGCCUUGAACAGCCAAGUCCAGCGUCGAAGAACUAUACGCCCAAGGUUACCAACCCUAAGGUCAGCGAGGAGCCUUCUAUGAUCAUUGAAGUUUCGAGCGAUGAUAUGACUCCUAUCAAGCCUAAGAUCAAGGCAGACAAUGAAUUCAGUCGCUCUUUAAUGGGCAUCAAGCGCCACCAUCUCGAAGAAAGUGUCGACGAUGAGUACGGUGAUGAUGAAGGCGAGGGCACGCCUGAGCAAAUCCCUAAACGAGCGAAACGUGAGGCCUUCCUUGUCGAUGCUGCCCAGUUGCCAGCAUUCGACCUGGAACGGGAUCUAAUCUUCGACAGCCAGACGAACGGCUAUGAUCUCUUUCUCCCGUCCGUCUCAAUGACCGAUGCCGAGGCCUACCGCGCCGGUGCCGCUAGCCUGGACAGCUUGAUGCGGACUGCGGGUGUUGACACGGCCGACAACGAGGCGUGA